UUCGAUCGUCAGUUCUGAGCAAACCGUCCAACGGUAAAGACGUACAAUUCGAUCCGUCUCUUCAACUCGGUUUUGGGUUGUAAGGGAAUUUAGUUCAUAAGUUGUGGGUAGUUUCAUCCUUGGCUUCGAUUGCUAAAGGACUUUGGGUACGAUCGCGGUCCGGAAGUUGCUUAUCAGCUGACCAGUUUGCUAUCGGGAGCAAGUGAACGUGUGCGAAGUGUUCAAGAGUACAGACUGUGGGAACCGAAUGAAACAAGCAUCAAACGCGAAACAAUUUAUCGUCAUAAAGGAAUACGCGGAGUAACAAGAAGAUCCCAACCGAAGAGCAUUAAGAAAUCGUGAAGGAAGAGUUAAAAGAAAGUCGUUGAAAAACAAAACACAAGACGAACGAUCGAUUGAUCGUGUGUGCGAACGUGCGCGAGCCCCCUUCUCACCCCCGCCUUGAAUGCUUCGAGCCCAAGCGGAGUUUCUGUGAGUGUGGGAACCCCUUCAAGGAAAAUAAACUGUUAUGUGUGAUUAAUUCAGUCGCGCAACGCGAACUGUGUGUGUCUGUGCACAAGUCAGUGCCCGUGCAGUGAGUGCCUGAAGCGCCAAGUUUUUCCUCUCGGACACUAACCAAGGCCCCCCAAAUCGUUGGCCCCUAUGGGUGUACUGAACGUCGUGAUCGGUUCCGGUGCCGGUGCAGUAGUCGAGUGCCAGCCGAGUUGCAAGAAGACCAACGACAACAUCUUCUCGCCCAUCAAGAACAAGAUGAAGGUCCUGAAGAAGAUCAAGAAACGAAUGGGACUAGCUCCUCGCAGUGCAUCAUCCUGUCCGGGCCCGAACAAUCUACCGCCGCUUAAAUUCCACUACGUGCACGGCGACAACAUUCGGAUCUCACGUGAUGCCUCCGUAGCGCGGCGUUACGAAUCCUUCUGCAAGGGAAUCACAUUCAGCGCCCGGCCGGUACGGGUCAACGAGCGAGUCUGCGUCAAAUUCCUCGACAUCUCCAACAACUGGAGUGGAGUCAUCCGGUUCGGAUUCACUUGCAAUGACCCGGCCACGUUACGUGGCAAUCUGCCAAAAUAUGCAUGCCCAGAUCUUACCAACAAACCCGGAUUCUGGGCCAAAGCUUUGAAUGAGCUAUACUGUUAUCGUAACAACGUACUGUUCUACUACGUCACAGCCUCCGGAGAUGUCCACUUUGGCAUCAACGGAGAAGAGAAGGGAGUAUUCAUCACCGACGUCGACUCCCGUGGCCCAUUGUGGGCCGUCAUCGAUGUCUAUGGCAAUUCUACAGCAAUUGAGUUCCUAGAUUCGCGAAUUUACAUGUUCCAACAACAGCAACACCACCAGCAUCAUCAUCAUAAUCAUAAUCAGCAGCAACCAGCACCAAGCCAGUCCUGCGGUCGUCGUUCGGCCGAUCAAGAAAUUGUACCUCAGUUGGAAUCUCUUAGCAUCAAUCAACACAACCAGCAGCUGCUGGAAGAACGUCCAGUUCCUACGACGGCAGUUGUCAGUUCAGCUGCUAGCAUGCGCUAUAAUAGCCCAGCUCCUGGACUACUACCUCUCCCAUUCCAUCCAAUCCGAGGACGUAACAUCAAAUUCUCCCCCGACCGUACGAUAGCUACCCGUGCUGAAACCGAAUUCUGUCAAGGAUACGUAUUCGCGCCCCAUCCAAUCAAGAUCGGUGAGCGGCUCAUCAUUCAAAUUCUUAAAACAGACACCAUGUUUGUGGGAUCUCUGGCUCUUGGACUGACGUCGUGUGAUCCAGCUACCUUACAGCUCUCCGAUCUGCCAGAUGACUCGGAUCUACUAUUGGACCGUCCGGAAUACUGGGUCGUUAGCAAAGAUGUCGCUUCCACGCUGGUCCGUGGCGACGAACUUUGCUUUUCCAUCUCAGUGAAAGGAGAAGUGACCAUCAGUAAGAACGGCGGAGCUCCAUCUGUGAUCAUGCACAUCGAUCAGAGCCUACAGAUGUGGGCUUUCCUGGACGUCUACGGAUCAACCCAAAGCGUCCGUCUAUUCCGUCACGCAAUUCCCACUCCCGUUUCGACCGCUUCCUGUUCGGCACUGUACCCAGAACACCGAUCCAUGACCGCUUCGGCAAGCCAACGUAGCCUACAGGUUCAACCCACAAGCCAACAAGCCCAUCCAACCACGACGGCCACCAUUCGGCCCGAUAUGAUACAAAUCAACCCUGGUGGUACAGUUCUGGUGGUGAACCUUCCCCCAACGGAUGUCAUAUCUCCUGCUUCCUCGCAACCUUCGGUACAGCAAGCCCAGGCCACCAUCGUGUCCCGUGGUUUACCGAGCUCCGCUUCAACGCUCUCGGUGCCGCUUUCUACUCUAUCGCUUUCCUCGCAUUCCGGUUCGACCGGAACGGGCGAUCAUGUUUCGGCUUACAGUUACGCAGAGCCAAUGCCGUCCUACAACAAUGCAUCAAACUAUAACACUCUUGCGGCGGCGGCGGCCGCCACAGCAGCCAGCAGCAGUUCCCUCUCUGGGCCAAGCAGUUCCUGUUCCUCCACGCCACUACCCACCCCCUCGAUGGGGGUAAAUCCUCCGAUCUACAGCUCGACCGGCGUCGACUGUACCAUCUGCUUCGAGAAACCGAUCGACUCCGUUCUGUACAUGUGCGGUCACAUGUGCAUGUGCUACGACUGUGCAAUCAAGCAGUGGCGCGGAAUCGGCGGUGGACACUGUCCGCUGUGUCGGGCCGUCAUUCGAGACGUUAUUCGCACCUACAAAUCCUAAAUCGGUAAGGAAAACCCCGCUGCGGGACGGUGGCGGUAGCCGGCACCUCUCUCAAUCAGUCAGUCACGAUACCAAAAACAUGCACGAUCCAUUCAAACUAAAUGACGGUAAGGAAAGGACGGCUACAAUUGUGAAUGUGAUUUUAAACCUAAAAAAAACACUUAAGGAAAUGAAUGAAACGAAGAAGCGUAACUCGGAAAGCGAACACACACAUUGUGUACAUUUGGAAACAUUCUGGUCAAAAUUAAAGCACUUAUAUUUUAUGCGCGAGUAAAUUAUUAAGUUGUCAAAAUUUCUCUCACCGGUUCCGAUGGGAGCAGAGAAGCCAAGGCAUUAUGCGGGAAGGGAAUUGUUGGCCUACAUUGGGCCAUGUUUAGUUUCGUUUUCUGUCGAAAUCGUUGACGAAUGCAUUAUCUAGUGUGUAAGGUAUUUUCUUUGUUUUUCGUAGGAAAGAAAAUAAAUAACUAAUCAAACCAAAAAUCUCAAAUUUGCAUAGUCGUUACUAGAGCAAGAAACAAAAUCUAAAUUUUAUUAGAAGGUCAGUAAAUAAUUGCCAAAAACGUACAUCACUUCCAAACUGCAAUCGUAAAUAACAAAAGAAACAAACGUGACCGAAAACUAUUAAUGAGUGAGAAAUCGCAGAGCAAUGAAAUUCAAAUUAAACUUUUUUCUUUAAAAACACUGCACAUUUAAGCUUUUCAUCCCAUUUAAUUUCUCAAUCACGAUCGUCAUUAAGCGAAAUCAGAAAAGGCUAAACCUAAUUUACAAAAUUAAUACUUUCUAGUCAAGCGAAAAUUUAAAUAUAUAGUAGCAGAGAGCGAUAAUCCCAAAGGAAAAUUUACGUUAUAAGUAACACAUGCCGCCUGGUCGGAAACUGGACCUUGUCCCUCCCGUUUCGUCCGGUUGCUUUCCCCCAGGGGCACCUUAUUUAUUCACUUGCGUCCCAUUUAUCUGCUUAGUGAUAACUUAUCUCUCAAUCCCAAGACUCCCUGUCAGUAUGCAUAACUAAUACAAAUAUAUAUAGCAAGAAACCUUCCUUGCUGUUCAAGGACGAAAAGGAAGGAAACGAAACGAAGGAAACUGCGAGUAUUGAAGCUCUAAUAUGCUCGGGGCAAGUGUCGCUCAAAGGGGCAAACAUUAUGGUAAUAUUACAGUAGUAUUAGUGUGGGAUAGAGAAACAGAUAGUUGACACAUUCUAUUAAUUUAUUGUUAUGAACGCAUUUACAAUUAGGAAGAAAAUAUUUUUUAAAAAGUUAGCUAAAUGAUAAAACAGCUAGAGAAUAUAUCAUCUCGACAGUGCUAAAAAUUAAA